AUGAAGACUACGUGGAAAGAUAUUGCGCCUGUGCCCACACACCAGGAAUUCCUGGAUAUUGUCCUGAGUCGGACUCAGCGUCAGCUGCCCACUCAGAUUCGUGCUGGUUUCAAGAUCAGUCGUAUCAGAGGUUUCUACACCAGAAAGGUCAAGUACACUCAGGAGACUUUCUGUGAGAAGUUCCAGCACAUUCUCGAUGGAUUCCCCCGCUUGGUUGAUAUCCAUCCUUUCCACAAGGAUUUGAUGAACACUCUUUACGAUGCCGACCACUUCCGUAUCGCCCUUGGUCAGGUCUCGACCGCCAAGCACCUGAUUGAAACCGUUUCUCGCGAUUACGUCCGUCUUAUCAAGUAUGCGCAGUCUCUGUUCCAGUGCAAGCAGCUUAAGCGUGCUGCCCUUGGUCGUAUGGCCACCAUCACUCGCCGUCUGAAGGAUCCCCUCGUCUACCUGGAGCAGGUCCGCCAGCACUUGGGUCGUCUGCCUUCGAUUGACCCCAACACUCGUACCCUCCUGAUUUGUGGAUACCCCAAUGUCGGAAAGUCCAGCUUCCUGCGCAACAUCACCCGCGCCGAUGUCGAUGUUCAGCCCUACGCUUUCACCACUAAGAGUUUGUUCGUGGGUCACUUCGAUUACAAGUACCUUCGUUUCCAAGCCAUUGAUACCCCCGGAAUUCUGGACCACCCCCUGGAGGAGAUGAACACCAUUGAAAUGCAGUCUAUCACCGCUGUUGCCCAUCUUCGGUCCGCUAUCCUCUACUUCAUGGAUCUUUCCGAGCAGUGUGGAUACUCCGUUGGUGACCAGAUCAAACUCUUCCACAGCAUCAAGCCCCUUUUCGCCAAUAAGAUUGUGUUCAUUGUUGUCAACAAGAUCGAUGUGCGCCGUCCCGAGGAUCUGGAGCCCGAGUACCAGGAGCAGCUUCAGGAUAUCCUCAAGGCUGAGGAUGUCGAGAUGCUGCAGGUUUCUUGCACCACCACCGAGGGUGUGACUGCCGUCAAGAACGCCGCUUGUGACAAGCUGCUCGCUGAGCGUGUUGCCCAGAAGCUCAAGUCUGGCUCCACCGCUGCCACCCCUGGUGGUCGUCUUGGUGAUGUUUUGUCCCGUAUCCACGUUGCUCAGCCUAUGGGCGGUGUGCGUGAGACUUUCAUUCCCGAGGCCGUCAAGAACCUCACGAAAUACGAUAAGAAUGACCCCAACCGCCGGAGAUUGGAGCGCGAUAUCGAAGAGGAGAACGGCGGUGCUGGUGUCUACAGCUUCGACAUGAAGCGCGACUACGAUCUCGCCAACAAGGACUGGAACCACGACGUCAUCCCCGAGGUGUGGAACGGCAAGAACAUCUACGACUUUGUGGACCCCGAUAUCGAGACCAAGCUUGCUGCUCUCGAGGAGGAGGAAGAGAAGCUCGAGGCGGAUGGAUACUACGAUUCCGACGAGAGCGUGGAGGAUGCAGAGGAUGCCGACAACCGUCUCAAGGCCGAUCUGAUCCGCGAGAAGCGUGUUCUCAUGCGCAACGACGCCAAGAUGCGCAAGUCUCUCAAGAACCGCGCCCAAAUCCCCCGCAGCGCCAAGUCCAAGACUCUCUCCCAGCUUACCAGAGGUCUCGACUCCGCUGGUUACGAUAUCAAUGCUGCCAGUUCGCGUGCCCGCAACGACGCCCUAUCCCGGCCUCGUGGCCGUACCACUGCCCGUGAGGCUACUGCCGACGCGGACGCCAUGGACGUCGAUGACAACCCACACAAGGCCCUCGCUCGCGCUAAGAGCCUCGCUCGCAACACACCGGCUACUGAUCGUCGUCUGGACGGUGUUACCAGCUUCAGCAACCGUGACAAGGCUGAGCGUAUGGCUAAGUUGGGCCAGAAGAAGAUGAACCGCAUGGCUCGUGCUGGUGAGGCUGAUCGUCACACCACUGCCUCUCUCGCCAAGCACUUGUUCUCCGGAAAGCGUGGUAUGGGCAAGACAGACCGUCGUUAA